AUGUCGCCGUCAUUCAAUUGGACCGCGCUGGCGGUUGCCAUCGCCGCCGUCUUCGUCUUCUGGACCAUCUCCUCGACCUCCUCACCCUUUACCCGCUCCUUUCCACGACUCCGCAACAAGCGCAUCUGUCUAUUGAUCGCGCAUCCAGAUGACGAGGCGAUGUUCUUUUCGCCGACAGUGCUAGCCCUCACCAAGCCCGAGCUUGGGAACCACCUGAAAAUCCUCUGCUUCAGCACCGGCGACGCCGACGGCCUCGGCGAAACCCGCAAAAAAGAGCUCCAGAAAUCCGCCCUCCUCCUCGGCGUCCGCGACGAAGCUGACGUCUUCAUCGUCGACGACCCCGCUCGCUUCCCAGACAGCAUGACCGCCACCUGGGCCCCGGACCAGAUAACUUCUCUCCUCGCCUCAGCCUUCACGCCCGAGCUCGCAGCCACCCUGAACGGCACCGCCAAGAAGAACCCCAAGAAGGCGCCCACUGCCACCAUCGACGUCCUCCUCACCUUCGACGAACGCGGCAUCAGCAAUCACCCGAACCACCGCUCGCUGUACCACGGCGCGGUGCAUUUCCUGCGCACGCUGAUGACGGAUAAGGAAGGCUUUAAUUGCCCCGUGACGCUGUAUACGCUGACAUCGACGAGUAUGCUGCGCAAGUAUGCGGGUGUGCUGGAUGCGCCGUUCUCGAUGGUGCAGGGUGUCCUGGGGAAUUUGUUUGGGGCGAAGAAGGGCGGGGCUGGGGCGGAGGCUGGACCGGCGCGAUUGUUGUUUGUUAGCUCUGUUGGUGAGUGGUUGACGGCGCAGUCUGCUAUGGUUAUGGGCCAUAAGAGUCAGAUGGUCUGGUUUCGAUGGGGGUGGAUUACUAUUGGGAGGUAUAUGACUGUGAAUGACUUGAAGCGGGAGACGGUCUAA